GUUCACAGCAACAUGGCUGCUUCACAAAAAAAUUUCUCUGCUAUCUGCUUUUGUUUUUUCCUCCUCGCUCUUUGCACUUCUGCCUAUGAGGUUUCUCAUGAUGGAAGAGCAAUCACCAUUGACGGCGCACGUAGGGUUUUGAUUUCUGGCUCAAUUCAUUACCCUCGAAGCACUCCUGGGAUGUGGCCCGACCUAAUAAAGAAAGCAAAAGAAGGUGAACUAGAUAUGAUUGAGACUUAUGUGUUUUGGAAUGCCCAUGAGCCAUCUCGUCGCGAGUAUGAUUUUUCUGGAAAUCUUGAUUUCAUAAGGUUUCUCAAAACCAUUCAAGAUGAAGGACUUUAUGUUUUUCUUCGUAUUGGCCCUUACAUUUGUGGCGAAUGGAACUAUGGAGGGUUACCUGUUUGGUUGCAUAACAUGCCUGGUAUUGAGCUCCGGACUGCAAAUAGUGUAUUUAUGAAUGAGAUGCAAAAUUUUACAACCAUGAUAGUUAAUAUGGUUAAAAACGAGAAGCUUUUUGCAUCACAAGGAGGUCCAAUCAUUCUUGCUCAGAUUGAGAAUGAAUAUGGAAAUGUAAUGACAUCUUAUGGGGAUGCUGGAAAAGCAUACAUUGAUUGGUGUGCAAAUAUGGCUGAAUCACUUCAAAUAGGAGUUCCAUGGGUUAUGUGUCAACAAAGCGAUGCCCCACAACCAAUGAUCAAUACAUGCAAUGGAUUCUACUGUGAUUCAUUCACUCCAAAUAAUCCUAAUAGUCCCAAAAUCUGGACUGAGAAUUGGACUGGCUGGUUUAAGAGUUGGGGUGACAAAGAUCCACACAGAACCGCUGAGGAUGUUGCUUUUGCUGUAGCAAGAUUUUUCCAAAAUGGAGGCACACUUCAAAAUUAUUAUAUGUACCAUGGUGGCACUAAUUUUGGUCGCACAGCUGGUGGCCCCUACAUUACCACUUCAUAUGAUUAUGAUGCUCCUCUUGAUGAAUAUGGAAAUUUAAAUCAACCAAAAUGGGGGCACUUGAAACAAUUGCAUGCAGUUUUGAAGUCAAUGGAGAUGACUCUUACUCAUGGGAAUGUUUCUACCAUUGACUUUAAUGAUUCUGUUUCGGCCACUAUAUAUGCAACCAAUGAAUCUUCAAGUUGUUUUUUGGGCAAUGCAAACAGUACCACCGAUGCUACAAUCAAUUUUCAAGGGAAUCAAUUUAUGGUUCCAGCUUGGUCUGUUACCAUCCUUCCAGAUUGUAAAAAUGAAGUAUACAAUACAGCAAAGGUGAAUACUCAAACUUCAGUGAUGGUAAAGGCAGCAAACAAAGCUGAGAAUGAAGGUGCAACUCUUAGUUGGUCGUGGAGGCCUGAGAUUCUUAAGGAUACCAUAUUUCAAAGAAAACGAUAUGUUUCUGCACACCAACUCAUUGAUCAAAAAGCUGCUACUAAUGACACUAGUGAUUAUUUGUGGUACAUUACAAGUGUGGAUAUUAAAGAAUAUGAUCCAAUUUGGAGUCUUGAAAUGUCCCUCAAAGUAAAUGGCAGCGGACAAAUCAUUCAUGCAUAUGUAAAUGGAAAAUAUAUUGGAUCUGAAUGGGCCAAGUAUGGAGUUUCUAAUUCUGUAUUUGAGCAAAAGGUGCAACUAAAUCCAGGAAGAAAUCAAAUUGCGUUGCUUAGUGUUACUGUCGGUCUAGCAAAUUAUGGGCCAAUGUUUGAUAUGAUACAAACUGGCCUUCCUGGACCUGUUCAAUUGGUAGUACAAAAAGGAGAUGAGACAAUUAUUAAAGAUUUAUCUUCAUAUAAAUGGACUUACAAGGUUGGAUUGAAUGGGUUGGAAGAUAAGGUUUAUGAUUUGGAUUCAUACCAAGCUUCGAAAUGGCAAGCCCAACAAUUUCCCAUCAAUAGGAAUUUUACUUGGUACAAGGCCACAUUUAAAGCUCCUUUGGGCACAGAUCCAAUAGUUUUAGAUUUACAAGGAAUGGGUAAAGGUUUUGCUUGGGUUAAUGGCUUUAAUAUUGGGCGAUAUUGGCCAACCUAUCUUGCCGAUGCGGAUGGUUGUGAUGUUGAAGUUUGUGAUUAUCGUGGUACAUAUGGUAGCUCAAAAUGUUUAACCAAUUGUGGCCAAGCUACACAAAGAUGGUAUCAUGUUCCACGAUCAUUAAUUAAAGAUGAUGAGAAUACAUUGGUAUUGUUUGAGGAAUUUGGUGGUAACCCAUCAUUUGUCAAUUUUCAAACAAUCACAAUUGGAAGUGUGUGUGGCAAUGCAUAUGAGAGUAAUAAUACAUUGGAAUUGUCAUGCAAUGAACGUCCAAUUUCAUCAAUUAAAUUUGCUAGUUUUGGUACUCCACAAGGUACCUGUGGAUCGUUUCAGAAAGGUAGUUGUGAAGCAACAAAAGAUGCAUUGUCUAUCCUCCAAAAUGCAUGUGUUGGUAAGAACACUUGCUCAAUUGAGGUUUCUGAAGAGACAUUUGGAACAGUAGAUUGUGGUGGAGUCCCCAAAAGACUAGCUGUGGAGGCUGUGUGCUAAAUUUUUUAUUUAAGUUUUUAAUUUUAGGUCUUGGGUUUUCUCAAAAAAAAAAAAGGGUCUUGGGUCAUAAAUUAUGUGGUUUUGUUUGGUAGUUAGGGUUAGGGUGUUAUGGUUAGGGAGUUCAAUUUCCUCAUUUAGUACUGUUUACUUUGUUAAAUAAAUUAGUAAUUGAAAUCGUUUUUAUGUGUUAUAUUUCU